AAGGGGUCCAGCCGGAAGUCACGUGACAGCUUGAGCUCCAGCGUCUCCUCAACAGAGCAGAACAGAGGAGGAUGUCUGCAUACGGGGAAAAUCCGUUCCGACAUUUAGUCGAGCCUCUCAACCCCAACGACCCAAACCAGCAGUUCUUCAAUCUGUCCAAGCUCGGAGAUCCAAGAUAUGAUCGUCUGCCGUUUUCCAUCCGGGUCCUGCUGGAGUCUGCCGUCAGGAACUGUGAUGAGUUCCUGGUGAAGGGCUCGGACGUGGAGAACAUCCUGAACUGGAAGCAGACGCAGACCCAAACCGUGGAGGUUCCAUUCAGGCCGGCCCGCGUCAUCCUCCAGGACUUCACGGGUGUUCCUGCUGUGGUGGACUUUGCUGCCAUGCGCGAUGCGGUGAUGAAGUUGGGUGGGGACCCCGAGAAGAUUAAUCCAGUGUGUCCAGCCGACCUGGUCAUCGACCAUUCCAUCCAGGUGGACUUCAACAGGAAGUCUGACAGCCUCCAGAAAAACCAGGACUUGGAGUUUGACCGCAAUAGAGAAAGAUUCCAGUUUUUAAAAUGGGGCUCCAAGGCCUUCAGGAACAUGCGGAUCAUCCCCCCGGGCUCGGGGAUCGUCCACCAGGUGAACCUGGAGUAUCUGGCCAGGGUGGUGUUUAAGUACGACGGCUUCUUCUACCCCGACAGCCUGGUGGGCACCGACUCCCACACCACCAUGAUCGACGGCCUGGGCGUGCUGGGAUGGGGUGUGGGCGGCAUCGAGGCAGAGGCCGUCAUGUUGGGUCAGCCCAUCAGCAUGGUUCUGCCUGAGGUGGUGGGGUAUAAGGUGUAUGGGAGCCCGGACCGGUUCAUCACCUCCACCGACAUCGUGCUCACGGUUACAAAGCACCUCCGGCAGGUGGGCGUGGUGGGGAAGUUCGUGGAGUUCUUCGGCCCGGGCGUGGCCCAGCUGUCCAUCGCUGACCGGGCCACCAUCGCCAACAUGUGUCCGGAGUACGGAGCCACGGCGGCGUUCUUCCCCGUGGACCAGGUCAGCCUGCAAUACCUGGAGCAGACGGGACGAGAGCCAGAAAAACUGUCCUACAUUACAAAGUACCUGAAGGCCGUGUCCAUGUUCAGAGACUACAACAAUGACGCUCAAGAUCCAGAUUUCACUCAGGUGGUGGAGUUGGACCUCAGCACCGUUGUUCCAUGUUGCAGCGGUCCCAAAAGGCCGCAGGACAGAAUUCCUGUUUCCGACAUGAAGAAAGACUUUGAAAGCUGCCUUGGAGCGAAGCAAGGAUUCAAGGGUUUCCAGGUGGCGCCUGAACGCCACAGUGCUGACGUCCCCUUCACCUUUGGGGGGAAAGCGUACGCGCUGAGCCACGGCUCGGUGGUGAUCGCUGCCAUCACCAGCUGCACCAACACCAGCAACCCCUCCGUCAUGCUGGGGGCAGGACUCCUGGCUAAGAAAGCGGUGGAGUGUGGUCUGAGCGUGAAGCCGUACAUCAAGACCAGCCUGUCUCCCGGCAGCGGCGUGGUCACCUACUACCUGAAGGAGAGCGGCGUCAUGGACUUCCUCUCCCAGCUGGGGUUUGAAGUCGUUGGCUACGGUUGCAUGACGUGUAUCGGCAACAGCGGACCUCUCCCGGACCCGGUGGUGGAGGCCAUCACUCAGGGGGACCUGGUUGCCGCGGGCGUCCUGUCAGGAAACAGGAACUUCGAGGGCCGGGUUCACCCCAACACCAGAGCCAACUACCUGGCCUCGCCGCCGCUCGUCAUCGCCUACGCGCUGGCCGGCACCGUCAGGAUCGACUUUGACAGAGAGCCCAUCGCGGUGAACUCGGAGGGCAGAGAGAUCUUCCUCAGGGACAUCUGGCCCACUCGGGAGGAGAUCCAUGAAGUGGAGAGAACAUUUGUCAUCCCAUCAAUGUUCAAAGAAGUCUACGAGAAGAUUGAAGAGGUGAAUGAACGCUGGAACUCUCUGGUUGCUCCCUCUGAUAAGCUGUACACCUGGGACCCCCAAUCCACCUACAUCAAGUCCCCUCCGUUCUUCCACGGUCUGACCAGGACGCUGCAGCCUCCCCGCUCCAUCACCGACGCCUACGUGCUGCUGAAUCUGGGGGACUCCGUCACCACCGACCACAUCUCUCCUGCAGGGAACAUCGCUAGGAGCAGCUCUGCUGCACGCUACCUCACCGGCAGAGGGUUGACUCCUCGAGACUUCAACUCGUACGGCUCUCGCCGGGGCAACGACGCCGUCAUGGCUCGAGGAACCUUCGCCAACAUUCGCCUCUUUAAUAAAUUCCUCAACAAGCAGGCGCCCCAAACCGUCCACCUGCCCUCCGGAGAGACGAUGGAUGUGUUUGAGGCUGCAGACCGGUACCAGCGCUCCAACGUCCCCCUGCUGGUUCUGGCGGGGAAGGAGUACGGCUCCGGCAGCUCCAGGGACUGGGCCGCCAAGGGCCCCUUCCUGCUGGGCAUCAAGGCGGUCCUGGCGGAGAGCUACGAGAGGAUCCACCGCAGUAACCUGGUGGGGAUGGGGGUGAUUCCCCUGGAGUUCCUGCCGGGCCAGACGGCCGACGGCCUGGGCCUGACGGGCCGUGAGCGCUACACCGUCUCCAUCCCCGAGACGCUGACGCCCCGCAUGCUGGUGGACGUCACGCUGGACACGGGGAAAUCCUUCCAGGUUCGCAUGAGGUUCGACACGGACGUGGAGCUGACGUACUUCCGCCACGGAGGAAUCCUCAACUACAUGAUCCGCAAGAUGUCCGAGAACUAAUCGCUCUGAUUCUGUCCUCUUCAGCCGGCGCUAACUGAUAAUUCAGGCGGCGUAAACACUAAUUAACAGCCACUAACCUGCGUGAGCCGCGCAGAGCCCCCCCCGAACCUGAGCCAGACCAGCAGCGCUACGGCGGUUUGUUCUCCGUUUCUGGGAACGCUGCUCUGCUCCAGGGAAUACUCCGGGGCUGGACGGACAUCGCUAACAUGAAGGUUUUAUCUUGGUGUCUUUGCCUUGGUAUCUUAACGUUGUUUGCUUAGCAACAACGCUGAGAACGGCCAAUGAGCUUCAGCAGCAGCUCAAGAGCGGGAGCCUUUGAUGAAUCGUUCAUUACAGUUCUCAGAUAUAAUCCAUGGUGGCACGUCAGUUUAGAAGAAGAAAAAAAGAGCAAUAACAACGACUGAAAUACGCGCCAGUCACUAUUUGUCCUACUGUACUUACUGUAUUUUUUUUCAUAAUCCUUUUUCAUUUUCUCCCGUUCAAAUCCAAUUAAUGGGGUCGUAGUGGGGCGGGGCUGAUCUCCGCAAUUUGAAGCCUUGUAUAAUGAUAGUAAAAAAAAUAAAAGUAAAGGUUGCUACUUCGCAGAUUUCACCUAUCACAGGUUCUUUUAGGAACGUAACCCCCGCCAGAAACCAGGGAUUACUGUACCUGAUCUGAUGUUUAAACGGCCGUCUCCCUCCUGAACUACAGGGGGCAGUAAUGUGCCAACAAAAGCAGCUGCUAAACGACGUGAACUCAGCUGGUUUCAGCGUUUUUAGACGUAUUGAGUUGGCAAUGUACGAUGGAGUAUUAGGGCCAAACUAAGACAAAAAAAAAAUGGAAAUUACGAGAAUAAAGUCAUAAUAAUAUGAGAAUAAAGUCGUAAAAUUGCGAGAAUAAAGUCAUAAUGUUGCAGGAAUAAAGUCGUAAUAUUAUGAGAAUAAAGUCGUUAUAUUUUGGGAAUAAAGUUGUAAUAUUACGAGAAUAAAGUUGUAAUUUAUGUGAACUCUAACAGGAAGAGCACAUAUGUCUUUUGUGGAAGAGGAGCUGUCUAGUAUAGUAUAGUAUAGUAGCGGUGGUUCCAUCUGCUUCCAUUCAAAGAGGUUUGGUUGUUUCUCAGGAAACAAUGAGGAUGAUCAGAAAGAUUUUCCUCUUUCACAAAAGACGAAAUUUCCUCCAAGUCUGUGUUUCCUUCUUCCAAAUAGACGCAGUUGUUUGUAUCGUUUUAAAGUCCUUAUACUGAUAAUAAUUCCAUGCUGAUGUGACAAAAGAUUAAGUAUUUCCUUAUUUGUGAAACCGAUACCAAAAUAUAACGUCACAAGAUGCUCAAUAUUCCUCAUUUUAACACCGGGAGAAGAAGCUCUUCCUGUUAGAGUUCUCAUAAAUUUAUUCUCAUAAAUUACGACUUUAUUCUCAUAAUAUUACGACUUUAUUCUCAUAAUAUUUCGACUUUAUUCUCGCAAUAUUUCGACUUUAUUCUCGUAAUAUUUCGACUUUAUUCUCA